CCUCAGGGAGGAAAGCUGUUAUUUUCACCUGAGAGGGCAAUAGAACACACAGCACAAGGGGUGGAGGAGAGCAGGAAGAACUUUGUCUGUGGGGUUGCUCUUCUCAUUGCCUUCAGUUGACCUCAAGGCUUUGUGGAACUGGACUAUGGGACACGGUUAGCUACAGUAUAUGGCCUCUGGCUGAAGCUCUAAGGACUUUAUGGGUGUUUGAGGCUCAGGCCUACUGUGGAUGUCUGGGUACUGAGCCCCUGAGUCAUUGUCUAUGAAUACACUGGCUGUCUGUACUGUAGUGAGUGGGUCCAAGCCAGCUAACCUCAAGGAGGAAGAUGUGGGAGAUGCGCACAGACACAAACAUAUGUCCUACAGAACAUGAAUGAAAAAGGACACUUUUUGAUGCUUCUGAGUGUGAAGUAACACACAGGUUACACUACAGAGAGUUCUGGACUUACUCUCCCUUUCUCUCUCUCUCUCUCUCUCUCUCUCUCUCUCACACACACACACACACACACUAACACACACCCCCUGAGACAUGGAUACUAUGGUGAAGCAGUCUCUGGUGGUGCCCAUGAAGAAGCUGUCCAGCUGUGUGACAGGAGUGAAGGAGAGAGAGGUGUGGGCCAGGCGCAGGGCCAAGAGGGGGACAGGAGGAGUAAAGAGCAGCCCUCCACGGACGGGACAGACCUCCGUCACACGCUCCUACCAAACUGACCUGGAGAAGGAGAGUUGUGUUGAUUCCAGGAUGCUGAGGGAAGCCCUGAAUGCUCAGAAGCACGCAGAGAGAGCCGCCAUGAGGGAUCACUUCAGGAAGAAGUACCAGCUCUCCAAGAGUUCCAAGGACACCAGCCACCUGAGUGCUGCGCAAGGGAAAGUGGCACUCCCCCGUCAACUGGCUAAACUGAUUGGUCCUGAGACCCCGGCCAAGGACGAUGGCUACAGCCUGCUGAGUGCCUUCCAAGGUCUCAACUUCAACAUAGGGAUGCUUGGAGGCAAGCAGACCAAGUCGUCCACUCCAAUGUCAGUCAACGGAGAGGCCUGCAAAGUCAUGUGAUCAAAGAGAACAUACUAGAUACUACACAGAAUCAACCUGCAACAUGCUAAAAACAUGCAUUAUGCCUAAAUGAUGAAGAAUAACAUUUUAACACAACGUAGUAGCAGAUUGGAGGGCGAACACAUUGGCAGACGACUUUGUCACAGUUGCUCCUCUAUCCCUUUAUCUCCUUAUCUGUCUUUAACUCUCUCUCAAUUCAAUUCAAUUCAAUUCAAGGGCUUUAUUGGCAUGGGAAACAUGUGUUAACAUUGCCAAAGCAAGUGAGGUAGAUAAUAUAUAAAGUGAAUAUAUAAAGUGAAAUAAACAAUAAAAAUUAACAGUAAACAUUACACAUACAGAAGUUUCAAAACAAUAAAGACAUUACAAAUGGCAUAUUAUAUAUAUACAGUGUUUUAACAGUGUACAAAUACAUUAGCAUAAAACAAAUUUGCAUACAUUUGCAUAAAUAUGGGUUGUAUUUACAAUGGUGUUUGAUCUUCACUGGUUGCCCUUUUCUCGUGGCAACAUGUCACAAAUCUUGCUGCUGUGAUGGCACACUGACUGUUGUAUUUCACCCAGUAGAUAUGGGAGUUUAUCAAAAUUGGAUUUGUUUUCGAAUUCUUUGUGGAUCUGUGUAAUCUGAGGGAAAUAUGUCUCUCUAAUAUGGUCAUACAUUGAGCAGGAGGUUUCUUUCUCUCACUCCACCCCCCCUAUCUCUCUCACUCUCUCUUGCUGAGUUAUCUGCUGAUCAGACUGUUGACAAUAGAGCCAGGCUGUGAGGAUGACUCGUCAGGGGAAAUGACGUCAUCCCUGUGUCACUGAUAGUAGGACAUGGCUGUCAUUGUUACUAUUUGCAUAGAACUGGUCUGGACCAUACAGGAACUAACUGGAUGAAACUGGACUGUACCUGUUUCAGAUCAUUAGGCCCAUUUGGGGCCCACACACACAGGGAAGUAACCCGAACAAGAUUAUAACCUUAAGUGUUGUUUUCACAUUUACUUCAGUUCUUAGUUCCCAAAUAUUUGUCCUGUUAAUCUUCGUUUUGUACAUAACCUUUGACUUUUGUGGUGUAUAUAAGUCAAACGCUGUCCUUAUUAUGUUGUUACAAAGAAACUGUUAAUAAAGACUAGUUUGGUACUGACGUA